ACCUGUUCUCGGGUUGCACUGGUGGUGAGUGUUUGGUGUGUUUUUAAGGAGACAGACCAAAUAGAGCAAUUUAAAAAUGCUCUAUUUGGAAACGCGGGUUUCACUGAACGUGUUUGUGUCGAGUUAAAAAUGUGAAAAUUCGUAUUUCGACUGAAAAACUACAACUCUGCAGACUCAGCAUGGCCGACCAGAGGCUGCUGUUCAUCGAUACCAAAGCUGAAACAAACAGCUCCACACCUGCUGCAGCUGAGAGGCCCCUCUGGACUCGCAGCGACACCGCGUUUGGGUUUAACUUCUUCGCGGAUAAUUCUCCGGCACCCCAGGAGAAAACAUCUGCAUCGGACAGGACUGAGCCAACCAGCCAGAUUUCCUUCGCUGGACAGGCCUCUGCUUUUGCCUUCAACUUUCAGAUCCCUCCUGCAGCACCUGCGGAGGACAUGGACACAACAGAGACCACAAACGCUUCACCUCAAGGUGAUCAACGGUGCAUGAGAGAGGAGAAGCCUCCCCUUUCUCAGGAGCCUAUCUCUCCACCUGAACCAUCUGAGCAAUCAAAAACAAAAAAAAAGAAAAAGAAAUCAGGCAAGAAAAACCCCUCGAGUGCUGAACCCCCGCAGAAGCCAGCUGAGGAGGGUGGAGGUGCUAGAGAAGCGCUGAGUCAAGAAGAGCAGCUGAACAGGGAGCUGGACUGGUGCAUCGAGCAGCUGGAAUUGGGACUGAGGUCCCAGAAGGGCACGCCAAAGCAGAAGGAGGAGGCCUCUCGUGCCCUGAAGACUCUGCGUAGCUCCAAAGCUCCUCUGGCCAAGAAGAGGCAGGUGAUGAGAGCCAUGAACGGAGACUACAGAAAGAAAAUGGAAGAAGAGAAGAGCAAGCAGUUCAAACUCAUUCAGAGUGAAAUUGCAUCAGCCCAGGUCAAACUUGUGUCAGAGUCCCCAAAGAAGUCUGUUUUCCACCGGAGAGCUGAAGUCAAACCUCAGCCGCCCCACGCAGAGGAGAAGCUGCUGCAAACUGAAGCUCAGGAUGCAGAGCCGACGCCACAGACUCAAGAGGCGACAUCGGCUUUUGUUUUUGUUCCUUCAAAGGACGAGUUCCGCUUCAAUUUUCUCUGAUUUGUCUCUCCUGAAGCCCAGUGUUUCACAAUGCAGUAUGCUUGGAAAAAAAGUCCCACCUAGGCUUCCUGAACAGUUCAUCCAGAGGAGGAGAUGCAUAACUUUCUGGUGUCAGAAAUGAUUAUGAACACUGAAAAGCUAUGAGUGGCAGCUGAAGGUAUGAGGAGAGAAAGCGUCAAAGUCACUGACAGAUUUGUAGAAGCCAUAAUGCAUUCACUGAAUUAAUGAGAUGGCUCAAAUCUCAAGAGAAGCUUAGUUUCAUCCACUUUGGGUUUGAGACAUUAUGAGAUACGUGUGUCUGUAAGUUACGCAGAUGGCAGUAUAAUUAGUUUGUCAAAUUUACGAGAAGCGGAAAGCUCAUUUAGGUGUGCUGGACGUCGCGGUGUUUCUCCGGGAUUAGUUAAAUCAAUAUGGCCUUCACAGGCAGUUGAUGCAUGCGAAGUCCAUUCAGGCUGCCAGCGCGGGAACUGGAGAGACAAUCAGGCAGUUGCUGUAAAUACUGGAUCACUGUGGAGUGCACCUGAGCUGCCAGAAUAUAUUGCUUAUUUAGAAAAACAGCAAUUUUUUUUUUAAUUCCAAAUUUUUGUUGUAUUUCUGAUAUAAUCAUGUUAAUUCAGAAAAAAAAUGGUUUGAAUGUCUUUGACUUUGUAUCAUAUUGCUAAGUACAAAAACAUUUUUUAA